AUGGAACUGAAUCUGUCGAAGAAUGUGAUUUCUUGCGCUGAUCCAGGUGGGAUGAAUUUGGACAGAAUCGCUGAGGCAGUGAGAGCACCGCCGCCCCGCGACGUGGCGCCCGCGUUUCAUUUACCCAGAACUUCAAACAGCAGUCGGGAAACUUUAGAGAACUCAAGCAGCGAGUCUUCAGACACAGAGUUGGCAGAAAAGGAGAGGAGUGCUGAACACAGGAGCGAUGACGGCAACGUGGACGAUCCCAAGAAGAAGAAGCAGCGGCGGCAGCGGACUCACUUCACCAGCCAGCAGCUGCAGGAGCUGGAAGCCACUUUCCAGAGGAACCGCUACCCGGAUAUGAGUACCAGGGAGGAGAUCGCCGUGUGGACCAACCUGACCGAGGCCAGAGUUCGGGUGUGGUUCAAAAACCGCCGGGCCAAGUGGAGGAAGCGGGAGCGGAACCAGCAGAUGGACCUGUGCAAGAACAGCUACCUGCCACAGUUCAGCGGCCUGAUGCAGCCCUACGACGACAUGUACCCGGCUUACACCUACAACAACUGGACAAACAAGGGCCUGACUCCGGCACCGCUGACUACCAAGAACUUCACCUUCUUCAACUCCAUGAGCCCCCUCACCUCGCAGUCCAUGUUCUCGGCGCCAAACUCCAUCUCCUCCAUGACCAUGGCAUCCGGGAUGGGUCACUCCGCCGUACCGGGCAUGCCCACCCCUGGUCUCAAUAAUAUAAGCAACCUGAACGGGAUCGGUACGUCAGGCAUCAACUCUGCCAUGUCGUCAUCCGCGUGUCCGUACGGGCCUCCCGGCUCUCCGUACAGCGUUUACCGGGACACAUGCAACUCCAGCCUGGCCACCCUCAGACUCAAAUCCAAACAACACCCAACCUUUGGAUACAGCGGCCUGCAGAGCCCCGGAUCCAGCCUGAACGCCUGUCAAUACAACAGCUGA